UCAGCCGCUCGAUUUUUUUUUUCUCUUCACUUCUUCGAGUCUCUCCAUCAGAUCUGCCUCUCUCACUGAACCUCCUCUCCCUGACCAAAUCCGUCGACUUCUUCUUCCAAUCUCUCUUAUCUGUUAGUCACUGUCGCUCCCUCUCUCUCUCUCUGUCACUCUCGCUCUCUCUCUCUCUCUCUCUCUCUCUCAGUCAAUCUCGCUCUCUUUCUCUCUCAGUGACUCUUGCUCGCUCUCUCUCUGCUCUCUCUCACGGUCACUCUCGCUCUCUCUCUGUCACUCUCACUCUCUCUCAGUUUUGAGUUUUCCUUACUCGAAUUUUUCUGUCAAAUUGAGCCGCAAAUUCUCAUUUCACGAGUUAGGGCUUUGAGAUUGAUUUUGAAGGCAAAGGAAAGGAAGUUAGUUGUUGCUGGUUGUGCUUUUAUUUCUGAUUGAUUUUGAAGGCAAAGGAAAGGAAGUUAGUUGCUGCUGGUUGUGCUUUUAUUUCUGGUAAAUUUCUGUAUUUUUUUGGUUCUUGGUUUAGUUGUUAUUUUUAGUUGCUGCUGGUUAUGCUUUUAUUUCUGGUAAAUUUCUGUAUUUUUUUGGUUCUUGUGGAAGUUGUUAUUUUUAGUUGCUGCUGGUUGUGCUUUUAUUUCUGUAUUCAGCAAGAUCCAUUGGCGAAUUUGGGCUUCAAAUACAACAAGAACAACCCAAUAGGAAAUUUGCCCAUCUUGCCCACCGUCAUGACCUGACCCGAAUACAGAAUUGGGUCUCUCCUCCACAGGCCAGCCCAUAGCUCUUGAGUGCCUCUCCUCGCUCGACUGCUCCAAGGACCAGCGUGCGUGCGUCCAGUCUUCCUCCUCAGUCCGACGGCAACUCCUCCAUCUUCUCCAUCUGUAACUCCUCUUCUUCCUUUCUUCUUUCUUCUUCAGUCCUAUUCUUCAUCCUAUUGCAGUUUCUCAGCAACCAAACUAUAAAAGUCAAUGGCGUAUAGAGGUCGUGGACGCGGUGGAUUUGGAGGAGGUGGCGGCGGUUUUGGCUAUGCCACUCAAGUUCCUUUUGAGCUUUUUCCUGAUAUUGAUUUGCCUAAUGUCAAAGGUAUACUUGAUCCAGAUAAAAAGAUAUACCAGGGUAAGAGUGAGGAAGAAAACUUAGUCAAUCAAAGUCGCAAGUUUCAAAAAAUAUGGAAAGGCUCUCCUUUUUAUCUUGAGCAGACCACUUCAAAGGAGAGGCAAAGCACAGAAGUAGAAAGAUAUUCUGACAGGUUGAAGCCAAAAACCACGAUAAGACGCGGUGCUCUUUUUGAUAUAUUGGAGCUCAAGGGAUUUCCCCAAGAACUGACUGGAGGUUCAAGGGCGCAGCAACCAGGCCGAAAGAGAGUUCGAUGGAAUCCUGACUCAGAGCUGCAGAAGUUAGAUUUAUUUGAAAAGCUUGAACAGCGUCAGGGUAAUAAUGAUGGAAAAGAAAAGAAAGAAGGUGAAGGUGAGGAUGAAGAUGAAGAAGAAGAGGAGGAGGAGCCAGAAGAAGACUUCAGUGAUGAUGAUUAUCAGAAGAACCAAGAUUUCGAUGACGACGACGACGAUUUUAAUAUGGAAGAUGAUGGUGAUGAUGAACCUCUUUUGUAGUGAGACGGUGUCGCAUACGAGGCUGCUCAAAACAUACACAAAUCUCCCUCAUUUCUCUUCCAUCAAAUGGAGUAUCCGGCUAUUGUUUGUUUUCUUGUAGGAUUGUACAUUCAAUUACUAGUUUUUUGUUACAAAGCUCUUGCUCUUCUAGGAAAAGAUAUCGGUCUAAUGUGACGAUGAUUACAAAUAGAAAGUAGGUUAUGUGGAAUCAAAAUGUGUAGGUUAGGCAAUGGAUUCGAUUCCCCGUCUUUUUGGUUUUUAAUAUUGGUAAUUAGGGCUUGUAGUUUACUUAAGCUUGCAAUCGACCCUAAAUCUGUUAAAUUUGUUAAAUGGGUGUAUGAAAAGUUGACAAGCUUAGCACAUUGUUAAAUGGGACUAUUUGGUGUUCUAAGAUUGUUUAUUUUUUUGGGGUUUCUUCUUUUCUUGAUUUGUGUAUUUACUCACCCCGCCAUUUGCUCCUACUGAGUCUACUGCCUUUUUUUAUGGUUUUGCAUACCCUUGGAUUCCAUCUUUGUUAUGAUAUGAUAAAAACGAAUGUUUCUGCUAUAAAUGAAAUGGUUUUGGAUUU